UUCAAGCUUCACAGCCACUCAGGACUCAAAACCUACAUCUAGCUACUGUGCGUGUCUUCUCACAGCCACAUCAGCCUCUAGCCAGAAAACAUGGGCAGGCAGAAGGUGUAUUUGGACAAACUGGCCCGGUUCUUCCAGAUCCGUAACCUGCUGCUUCGGCAGGCACUGGCAGAGUGUCUUGGCACCCUCAUCCUUGUGAUGUUUGGCUGUGGUGCUGUGGCCCAGCUGGUGUUGAGUGGUGGUUCCCAUGGCAUGUUCCUCACUGUCAACUUUGCCUUUGGCUUUGCUGCCACCUUAGGCAUCCUGGUGUGUGGCCAGGUAUCAGGUGGCCAUCUGAACCCUGCAGUGACAUUUGCCCUGUGUCUACUUGGAAGAGAGCGCUGGAGAAAAUUCCCCAUGUACUUCCUCUUUCAGACAAUUGGUGCUUUUUUUGGUGCUGCCAUCAUUUUUGGCAUGUAUUACGAUGCCCUGUGGGACCAUCCCGGAUGUUUCAAUGUGACUGGGCCUGAUGCCACAGCUGGCAUCUUUGCCACCUACCCUGGGAAGCAUCUCACCAUUGUCAAUGGCUUCUUUGAUCAGAUAAUUGGCACAGCAGCUUUAAUAGUUUGCAUUUUGGCCAUUGUGGAUCCAUACAACAACCCCAUCCCCCAGGGGCUGGAGGCCUUCACUGUGGGAUUUGUGGUUCUGGUUAUUGGACUGUCUAUGGGCUUUAACUCAGGGUAUGCUGUGAACCCUGCCAGAGACCUUGGACCACGUGUUUUCACCGCCAUGGCUGGAUGGGGCUUUGAAGUGUUCACGGUAAGAGAUGGUUGGUUCCUGGUGCCCAUUUUUGCCCCAUUCCUUGGCACCAUCAUUGGCGUGCUAAUCUACCAGCUGAUGGUUGGCUUCCAUGUGGAAGGAGAAGUACGUGACAGACAGAGUUCAGAGCAGGAAAAUGUCCGACUAACCAACGUCAACACCAACAACUCCAAAGAGGGUACCAAAGAGGGGCACUGAGUGUCAGGGAUAGUCGCUACCCACUCUUAAAGAUGCACAUUCUGUAAAUACCGGCACACACCAACAUUUUUCCUUCCACAGCUGUGGGAGCCGCAACUGUUUUGUUAUUUCUGUUUUCUUUCCUCCAAACCAUCUUCAAAACUGUUGGGAUAUUUCCCCAGAUAGAUGUGCAUGUGAAAACAGGCCACUCUCUUUACAUUAUCAUGUGACUGUAUAACAUAUUGUAGAGGAACAAUUACAUAUGAGUGUAGGGGAGAAAAACACAACUUCAGAAACGCAGAAUUACAUUAAUUCUUUUAAGAGAUGAACAUUUGGAUCUUAGUGUCUAUAGCGCUCUGAUUUGAACAGUAUUGUAUGCUUUAUAGUAAUGUAGUUUUAUCAAACUAACAGAUGUACGUCUUUCCCAUAUAUUUUCUAUGCAUUUUGUCAGUCCAGAGCCUUUCAGUGUUAACAUUUGAACUCCGGGGAAUUGUGAGGAGAUUGGAAAAUCGAAUUUAAAACAAAAAGCCCAAAUGCUCAAAUAUCAAUGUCAAUGAAUAUUGCACAGUGAGAGAAAUGAGGCUUUCUCUGUAGACCAUGUUGACUCUGUUAUUCAGAGCUGACAGACGGUGGUGAAGCUAUAUCCUUCCCACAUUCCUCACUUUACCACUGCUAUCUUAAAGUAGCUAUAUUAAAGCUGCUGACUUUUUAUAUACUCCCUCUUUGCCCUGUAAAAGGCCCAACCAGAAAAUCCUAAAUGAGCUGACCAACUAUUGUGACAUGUUGUCUACUUGCAAACUUGACUAUUUACCCUUUGUCUGAACUAAAUGCCAUCAGAAGUUAUUGUAGCCAUGUAGUUUAAUGACAGUAACAGAUGUGUGCUAACAAAUUACAGUUAUCUUCUUACUUGUACAGCAACUAUCAGUCUUAAAAUUGUUAUGUUCAUUUAUGUCUGUUCAUGUGUUUGUACCUUUUACAUGACUCCAUGGUUGGGUGAUAAAGUGGACUGUGAGCACCUUCAUAUUUUGUAUGUAGGUUGAGGGGAAGUGCUUUUGUAUUGAUACAAUAAAGUUCUGUUUUUUAUUGUUGUA